ACCUUCCUAUUUUCCACAGACACACCUCCUCUCACUACUCUUACAGUCAAGACUUCCAGCAGAAAGUCGCCUCCCACUAUAAAGAUCAGUGAGUUUCGGCUAGGCUGUGUGCUGUCGGAGAGGAAACCUACCAGAGGGUUACGGUGGGCUCAAAUCAUUUCACAGCACAGCACGAAAGUUAGAACAGCUCAGGUCUCUCCGUGUUCGCUCUGAUAGAGACAAAUUUCUAUGCCGGCGUAAAAUGUAGCGAAUACUCUGCGGUGAAAGCCGUCUUUGUAUUUGUAAUACAGGCGCGUUAAUGUAGCUCCAAAUAGGAGAAUUAAAAAAGCGUUUUUAUUAUACCAAGAUGCAACCUUAAACUUUCUCCAUUGCAAGGUGGAAGCUGAAUUUCAGUCCAACAAUUCCUGUCAAGAUGGAAACCAGCACUCCUUAGCCAAGCAGACGAAAUGGGAAAAUGGGAGUUAACAAUGAACCCAGUGCAGGAGUGGGGUGAAGAGUACGAGGAUGGCGCAGUUUAUGGGGUCACUCUGCGUCGAGAGCCCAUUCCUUCUCCCCCAAACCCCAGUGAGACAUUUCCAUGCUGCGCUUUUGUCCAGUACCGAACCUGCAAGGUGCGGCGUCUGAAGGCCGCUACCCUGGACCUGCUAGUGACUCAUCUCCUCGAUACCGACUGCCAGGAGCAAGAUUAUGGCAAGAUCUUCCUCUCCACAUACAGAACCUUUACCAGUACCUCUAACGUCAUAGAGCUGCUCUUUAAUAGAGACAGUGCUGCCUCAGAUCUGGACAACAAUGAAUGCUAUAGGAGCCCUCUGUUGGCCUUUGUCCAGACGUGGUUGGAUGAGUACAGUGAGGACUUCAGGGAUCCUCCCGUGCACAUGGCACUCAGGCUGCUGUUGGAUCACCUGAGGAUAAGCUCUGCAGUGCAUGGCAGCCAAUCCAACUUCUGUUCGUUGGCUGGGCAAGCUGAGGCUCUGCUCAAGAGGUUCCAGAAAGAAGAAGCUGAGACAAAUGUCAGUUCUGGCCUGGCAGAUCUGGAACAAAAGGAGGAGGGAUCUGGUGAUGAGGAUUCAGGAUGUGAAAACUCUGUUUAUCAAGGUGAUAUCAUGGAUUUCUCCGCUGCAGCUGUUGCUGAACAGCUCACCCGAAUGGAUUCUGCUUUAUUUGUCAAAGUGGUGCCUUACCAGUGUCUGGGUUGUGUGUGGUCUCGAAGAGACAAGGAGGAAAACAUGUCUCCCACCAUACGGGCCACCAUUGCGCAGUUCAAUGCCAUCACCAAUCAGGUCAUCAUGUCCCUGCUCUGCCAGCCUACAGACCCCACCUCCAGUCCCACUUCCUCCUGCCAGCCUCCCACUACUCCAGCGCAAAGGGCCCGCAUCAUAGAGAAGUGGAUUAGAGUUGCACAGAACUGUCGCUGGUUGAAGAACUUCUCCUCUCUCAGGGCAAUCCUGUCAGCCCUUCAGUCUAAUGCAGUUUACAGGCUGAGGAAGACCUGGGCUGCUGUUAGCAGGGAUAGCAUGGCCACAUUUAAUAACCUCUACGAAACCUUCCCUGAUGAGAACUGUGUUCUAACCAACAGAGAGUUCCUGGGGGAGGACAGAUGCCAAGCGACUGUUGAUAACGUUUCUCCAAAGAUAUCCAAGCAGUGUCCGAUACCCAGACAGAAGAGUACCUCAAGUGGAGUGAUUCCUUACCUGGGUACCUAUCUGACUGUCCUCACCAUGCUGGACACUGCUCUGCCAGACACUCUGGAGGGUGGGCUCAUAAACCUUGAGAAGAGGAGGAGGGAGUUUGAGGUUCUGUCACAGAUUCGUGUGCUGCAGGUAUCCUGUUCCCAGUACAACCUGCCCAGUCACCCCAGAAUCGCUGCCUGGCUCCAGGCACACAAGCUGCUCACGGACCAGGAGAGCUAUGAACUGUCAAGACAGCUGGAGCCUCCAGUGGACCUAUGUUCACCAACUCUCUGGAGCCAUCGAACACUCACAAAGAAACUCUCCAGUCUCCUGACAAUGAGCAAUGGAUCUAAGAAACUCCCUGCCGACCAGAUCAGUGUUUCAUCUUCUGGAUCCAGUGGAUCUGAAAUGGAGGAUCUCACCUCCCCAAACUCGGCCUGUUCCAUCAAACUGCAGUCCUUUCACAGCUCAUGCAACAAUCUGUCUGAGGCCUUCUCUUCCUCCUUGUUCUCCUCUUCCUCAUCCUCCCCUUGCUCCUCCACGGCUUCCUCUGCAGACUCCCCUUCUCCCUCUAGCUCCUCGUCUGACUGCCAGACGGACCUCUGCUCCCCAGCCUCGUCAUGUGAUGGUGCCUGGCCAAAGCCUACUUUGGCCUCUCAUCACAAAAGAUCUGUGUCCAUGACCUCCCUCCCUGUGUAUAACUAUCAGGUGGCUGACUCCUGCAUAGUCAGGGUGAGCAUGGACUUGGCCCAGAACAAUGGCAACAUGUACAAAAGCAUUCUGUUAACCAGCCAGGACAAAACUGCUCAGGUGAUUCAGAGGGCACUGGAAAAGCAUCACCUUGAGCACAUGAACUGGCAGGAGUUUACCCUGAUACAGGUCAUGUCCCAGGAAAGAGAGUUUCUUAUACCGGACAAAGCAAAUGUCUUCUAUGCUAUGUCCACAAUGGCAAACUUUGACUUUGUUUUGCGGCAAUUUCCCAAAGGCCAGAAGAAACCACUGAGGGCCACAUCUAGCCUUGGACGAUACACAAAGUAGUGCCUCUAGUCUACAAAUUCUCCACCUGAAGAACUCAUCAGACGUUCCUGGAAAGUGGUCUUUAUCUUAAUAGUUGUUUUAUAAGAAAAGUAUGUUGUCAGAGAUGGGAUAUCCUUUAUUACCCAUUUUCACAAAAGAGGUAAAAAUAUCAACUUUUUAACAUGAUUGACAAGAUGAUGCAAAAGCACUUUAUUAAGAAAAAUGCUGGAAAUAACUGAUGAAGCUUAAAAACAACGGGAUCGGACAUGGUUUAUUAUUAUUCUUUUUAUAAUAAACUGGGUAUGAAUCCUACCAUUAAACCACAAAAGAAAAAAAAUUAACCCAUUCCUUGACUUUCCCAGAGGUGUGUUGGUAAUUGAUUUUUUUUCUCAAGUCUGCUGCUAGAUGUCACUUCCAAUAACUCUAUGGGUAUGAAGAUGUGCAAAGAAACAAACUCCCCCAGAAAUCAACACGACAUCAGUGAUUUAUGCAUGAACAUUUAGAAAUGACAGGCCAUUUUCCCUACACAGUUGGGUGCCAUUAAUAACCUGUGUGUUAAAAAGGGAAUAGGGUCAGAUGCUGUGUGAAGGGUGUACAGUCAGUAACGAACUCCUGUCAGCCACUUAGCCCGAUAGCCCGAUGCACGUAUGUUCUGCUGUGCCAGUGCCAUCUGGCGAGUGGGUGGGGAUGUUCUCGCCAGGGAUCACUGUGUUCCCUGGGAGUUUCAGCCCAGGUCGUGUUACUGUGAUACUUAUCAUGUGCGACUGAAAAGAUGGCAUUCCUGAACUGGGGUAACCAUGGCAGCAGAGACUUUGAUGGACAGGGAUGUAAAAGUCAAAUGGCUACCGUAUCUAGAUGAGACAACAAUAAGGGUGAACUAUUGUGUGUGCUUUCAGUGUUAGUGCUAUGACUAAGUAAGUUUGACUUUUGUAAUUUAGAUUUUGUAUUGUUUUGUAUUUACAUUAUUAUUCACUUUCGUUCCACUGUGGUUCACUCUGAACGCACCUUUAUUUGAUUGACACAUUGUAAUGACUCACUAGGUGGCUUUAACUUUUCUUCUGACUGGUUGGAAAAUACUUUUCAAGAAGUACUUUUCAAAUACUUUUAUUUUGCAACAUGUUUGAUUAGUGUGGUUAGAAUUUGGAAGAUGUCUAAUUUUCUGAUGAAUACUGAAAAUAUUUAAAAUAUUUUUUUUUUGUUUUUUUUUUAACUUAAUUGUAUUUAACAGUUUGGUUCAGUCUUGUGAAGCCUGGAUGUAACUAGUGCUGAAAUGGCUUGACUGAAGCCUAAUGAGGAGUUUCGAUGUAAUCAUUUAACUGACAUCAAUUGAUGCCAACAAUGUUAUGAGAUAGUUGAUAAUGAUCAUACUUACUUACAGUCAAAGCUCCAGGGAGUAUUUGCAAAGAGGGUGAGUUAUACAAGGAACAGACACACUUAGUAAAAUCACAAAAGUUUAAUCACUCAAGUCCCCUUGGAACAUCUGGGAAUCAAGAGCCUUGCUCAGGGGCAUACAUAUCACAGAAACAGGUGUCUCAUUGACUUCCUCAAACCACACUCUCCCUCCUUCUCCUUACACUCUGCAAUAUCCCCUCUCUUAGCAACUUAAAAUUGAAUGGAUAGUAUUUAUUGGCUUAUAAAAAAACUU